AUGCUGACGCUCCUCGUCAAUCUGCUGACGGUCUCUGGCGCGUCAGCCCAAUCAGCAUUCAACUUCACCACCUCUCAGCCAGCACAAUGCCAAGACUUUACCUUGACCUGGGACGGCGGCAAGGCUCCUUUCCGUCUCGUCGGCAUCCCUUCGCACAUGUUCAACAUGUCAAUCCCCGACCCGCAAGGAAGCCCGCCGUACAAGCACACGUUCAAGCUCAGCCAGCCAGGAGACGCCGAGUUUGUCUUCGCCCUCUAUGACGCCACCGGAUUCAAGGGCGCGAACGUCCGACCAGUGCAGAAAAUCGGAAAGAGUGACGACAAGAGCUGUCUGGGAGAACUAGGCAAGGACUUCGCGCUGGACUUUGCGUUCUACAUGGCCGAGCCGGGCAAGACGGGCGUGUCCAUGGACAAGCCGGCGCAGUGUGACACGGUCUCCUUGAAGUGGAACAUGGAGAACAAGACGCAGCUGCCGACGUUCCCCGUGGGUGCCUUUGGCAUGAUCCCGGGAGGUGUUGCCUGGGAGAUUCCAGUUCCUGACAACACGGACGGAGACAAGGGAGUCGAUUGGCAGAUCAAGGUGCCGGGCGGAACGAAGAUGAUGCUCUUCAUGACGGACGCUGGCAAGUUCGGCAUCGGCGGCAGCACCUCGCUCUACACUGUCGCCGACAGCCUGCAGCAGGACUGCAUGAAGUCUGGCAGUCUCACGACGACCCAGCUCCUCCUCAGUUCGACGGGCUCGACGUCGCCCACCCCUAGCUCCUCCUCGUCCCCAUCGGGCGGCGGUGGCGGCGGCGGCACGAGCACUGGGGCAAUCGUCGGCGCUGUCAUUGGAUCAGUCGCGGCUCUGGCGCUCGGCUUCCUCGCUGCCUUCCUCUACUUCCGCCGCAAGCGCAAAAAUCAGCGCACGGGAGGCGCAGUCGACCUGCACGAUGUCGACGACGAGCCGGACCCGAUGACCGAACAGGGCCGCCAGAGCGCACAGAUGGAGAGCCUGCUUGGUGCUACCGGCAGCCCGGGUUCCAGGAACAGGCACAGUCGUAUCUCGAGCGGCUUUGACUCGUUCGACGGAACGAACCGGCAGUCGAUGUUCUCCGAGUCGACAGAUUACCCCUACCCGCAGGUCGACCCGUUCCCCGCCUCGUCAACGAACCCGCGCGACAGCAUGAUCACGUCCAGCAGCUCGAACAACCGCUUCAUGACCGAGAAGCAGCAGUUGGCGUACAACGAGCGCCGCAAGGGCAGGAACGACAGCAACGCCGGCAGAGCCGGUGCCAGGUCGCCUGGCAGCUCCUACGCACUGUCCGAGUACAUUGACGCUGGACCUGUGCCCGACCAGCUGCAAGCCCUCCCGCCUCCCAGCUACGACGCUGUGCUGCGGGCGCGUAACCCGGACCCGGAGACAAGCUCUACCAACGCACCGUCUACUAGCGAGGCUGAGACGCCCCGCAGCCCGCCGCAGCGCUACUCGGCCAUAUCCGGGACCGGAACCGAGUCGUCCCCACUCCGCCAGUCCACCUACUCGACCUCGACCACGACCGAGGCCGAGCUGCCUCCUGGAGCUGCUGGUUCCACGCAGCAGCCCGCCCGCUCUGAAGAGCCCACCAAGUGA